UCCGGGGCAAACCUUAUUCAGCUCUGAGCGGUCUUUGCAAGUGGGGCCAAGGAGCCACCCUGAGCCAAAAAGAGAGCAUUAUGUCACCGGAAGCCCAGACCCAGAGAACCAAAGGACCUCAGAAACCAUGGCAAAGCCCCAUAGCGAAGCCGGCACUGCCUUCAUUCAGACCCAGCAGCUGCACGCGGCCAUGGCUGACACGUUCCUGGAACAUAUGUGCCGCCUGGACAUCGACUCACCACCCAUCACGGCCCGGAACACUGGCAUCAUCUGCACCAUCGGCCCAGCUUCCCGAUCAGUGGACAUGUUGAAGGAGAUGAUUAAGUCUGGAAUGAAUGUGGCUCGUCUGAACUUCUCCCAUGGAACUCACGAGUACCAUGCAGAGACCAUCAAGAAUGUGCGUGCAGCCACGGAAAGCUUUGCUUCCGACCCCAUUCUCUACCGGCCGGUUGCUGUGGCUCUUGACACAAAGGGACCCGAGAUCCGAACUGGGCUCAUCAAGGGCAGCGGCACUGCGGAGGUGGAGCUGAAGAAGGGUGCCACGCUCAAGAUCACACUGGACAACGCCUACAUGGAGAAGUGUGACGAGAACAUCCUGUGGCUGGACUACAAGAACAUCUGCAGGGUGGUGGAGGUGGGCAGUAAGAUCUACGUGGACGACGGGCUCAUCUCCCUGCUGGUAAAGGAGAAAGGUGCUGACUUCCUGGUGACUGAGGUAGAAAAUGGUGGCUCCUUGGGCAGCAAGAAGGGAGUGAACCUUCCCGGGGCUGCUGUGGACCUCCCUGCCGUGUCGGAGAAGGACGUUCAAGACCUGAAGUUUGGGGUGGAGCAGGAUGUGGACAUGGUGUUUGCGUCGUUCAUCCGCAAGGCGUCUGAUGUCCACGAGGUCAGGAAGGUCCUAGGAGAGAAAGGAAAAAACAUUAAGAUCAUCAGCAAAAUCGAGAAUCAUGAGGGCGUUCGGAGGUUUGAUGAAAUCCUAGAGGCCAGCGAUGGGAUCAUGGUGGCCCGUGGUGAUCUAGGCAUUGAGAUUCCUGCAGAGAAGGUCUUCCUUGCUCAGAAAAUGAUGAUCGGGCGGUGCAACCGUGCUGGGAAGCCUGUCAUCUGUGCCACACAGAUGCUGGAGAGCAUGAUCAAGAAGCCCCGCCCCACCCGGGCCGAGGGCAGUGACGUGGCCAACGCCGUCCUGGACGGAGCUGACUGCAUCAUGCUGUCUGGAGAGACAGCCAAAGGCGACUACCCUCUGGAGGCUGUUCGCAUGCAGCACCUGAUAGCUCGUGAGGCUGAGGCAGCCAUGUUCCACCGCAAGCUGUUUGAAGAACUUGUGCGAGCCUCAAGUCACUCCACAGACCUCAUGGAAGCCAUGGCCAUGGGCAGCGUGGAGGCUUCCUAUAAGUGUUUAGCGGCAGCUUUGAUAGUUCUCACGGAGUCUGGCAGGUCUGCUCACCAGGUGUCCAGAUACCGCCCACGCGCCCCCAUCAUUGCUGUGACACGGAAUCCCCAGACAGCUCGCCAGGCCCACCUGUACCGUGGCAUCUUCCCUGUGCUGUGCAAGGACCCAGUCCAGGAGGCCUGGGCUGAGGAUGUGGACCUCCGGGUGAACUUUGCCAUGAAUGUCGGCAAGGCCCGAGGCUUCUUCAAGAAGGGAGAUGUGGUCAUUGUGCUGACCGGGUGGCGCCCUGGCUCUGGCUUCACCAACACCAUGCGUGUAGUGCCUGUGCCGUGAUAGACCCUGGAGCCCCUCCAGCCCCUAUCCCGCUCCCCUCCCCCAACCCAUCCAUUAGGCCAGCAGCGCUUGUAGAGCUCACUGUGGGCUGUAGUGUGGCACUUGGUGGGCUGGGACACCAGGGAAGAAGAGGAACGUCUCUGUGAAACAUGGCUGUUGUAGACCCUGCUCAGGUGGGAUGGCCCAGAGCCUGGCCCAUUGUGUGGGUCCCACCCAGGCAUGGGAUAGGGGCGGAAGCAGGACUGGAGGUCCCCAGAGCCUGUGGCCAGAGGGCUCCAGCUCCCUCUCCUUUGUGUACUCUGUUCAGUUCCUGUAGAAAACGGAUUCCCAGAGAACUCCCGGUCCUGGCUUGGGUUCUGGAGACAGCCAGCAAGAGUAGGGUCUUGGGGCAUGGGACAGUGGUUCCAGUUGAAGCAGAUUCUGGCCCUGGCCUUACUUGCUUCCCCAACCCGCUCGGCCUCCCCACCUUGUGCGUUGUCCCUCCCGUUCCCGCACUCCACUCAGCUGUCGCUGCAGACAAACACUCCCCCCUCCACUUCCACGUUCCCCACCACUGCAGCUGCCUCCAGGCCUGUUGCUAUAGAGCCUACCUGUAUGUCAAUAAACAACAGCUGAAGCACC